ACGAUAAUACACUUUAUUAUUGCAUCCACCACGAUGAAUAACAACAACCUUUUCCUUGACAGAAAUGUUAUGUUUUUGGAGAGGAAGAACACACGCUUGUAACUCAAGAUGGCAGACACAAGAGGAUACGUUAAUGAGCGUGCGCACAUGGCAAUAACCGCUGUAUACAGUGUACUACAUAUCAGUAUUCUGGAAAUUAUUGCGAUAAUUGUUUAAAAGGAGAUUUGUUUCCUGGAGAUGUCAAUGGAGACUUAGCCUGGGGCUGCCUAAGUGAAAGCCUUAAAUUCCAUAGGAUGUUCAUGGUACCGGCGGUGGUGAUUGUUUUCUUUAAGUCUGUUUCACAUCAGCCCUAUAAAACUGCAGAUUUGCCCUUGCAAAUUUGCAUGGCUAGAAUGAGUACAGAACAUUAUGUCAGAGUAUGGUGGAUGAUACUGGCCAAAAUUACACACAGCAAAUGUCAGAACCAGGAACGUAGUGUGACAAUAUAAUUAUUCUGGCAGUAUCCAAUGCUUUUAACUGUACUGACUCGAAUGCACUCAGCUAAUCCAUGAUUAUUACUAGUCGAUAUAUUGCUGAAAUAUCGCAAGAGCGAAGAGCGAUAUUCAACAGUUACCUUUUGCAUGACUUUUUCACAAUACAAGAAGUGUUUCAGAAAUGUUGCCAAAAAAAAUACUCCAAAUUUUUCAGGUAAAUGAAUAGCAUGACCAAAACACAGUUUCCUUGAUAUGGAAACCCAUGAUAUACUGCAUUCUACAGCAAAAUUUUGAAAAAGUCCAGGCACUUUUUUCAAAAGCAGCAAAAUAGUUGAAAUGUGGGAUAAAAUGAUAUUAUUAUUUACAUAGUAUUUUUUUUACAUAUUUUGCAUUCACCUUGUUUAAAAUGACUGCUAAAUUUCAAUUAUCAUUCAACCAUAUAUGUGAAAAAAGCAGCUGCCAGAAAAUAAACUACUCAAAGGUGGUGGCCCCUUUGGCCUGCAUAGUCUUAAAGUAACAGGGACUAUAACUUAUUUCUUUCUUGUUCUAUUUAUUACUACUUUCUUAAUUACAUUUAUAUGAUCAUUUAAAUCAAUUUAUUCAAUGUUUGCUGACUUUCUUUUAGGGAGAACAUCUUACAAUUGUUGAUAAACAGCAAGAUCAUUGGUGGAUAGCCAAAAAUUCCAGAGGGGAGCAGGGUUACAUUCCAAGUAAUUAUGUCAGGAGACAAGGAUUGGAAAGUGAAAGCUGGUUCCAACCUGAAAUGUCAAGACAAUUGUGUGAGGAUAUUUUAAAGAAAGAGGGAAAAGAAGGUUGUUUUGUGGUUCGAAAUUCAAGCAGAGAGGGAAUGUACACAGUGUCUGUUCUACAUGGUGAUCAUGUUCGUCAUUAUCACAUUAAGAAAGACAAUGGACAGCUGUAUAUAUCAGACAGACACAGAUAUCCUACCGUGCCUGAACUUAUCAACUACCAUCAGCAUAACAGUGGAGGUUUAGUUACUAGAUUACGGCAGCCCCCUUCAUUUGGUCAAGCUCCUGUUGCAGCGUUUGGACAUGAUAUAUGGGAAGUGCCCAGAUCAGAAAUUGUUCUUGGCGAUGAGCUGGGUACAGGACAGUUUGGGACUGUGAGAAAAGGUACAUAUCGGGGAAAAAAGACUGUAGCUGUUAAAAUGAUGAAAGAAGGUGCGAUGUCUGAGGAUGACUUCAUAGAUGAAGCAAAAGUUAUGACGCAAUUCCAGCAUCCUCAUCUUGUGCAGCUCUAUGGUGUUUGCAGUGAGAAGCCGAUUUAUAUCAUCACGGAGUUCAUGUCCCAAGGGUGUCUUUUGCACUACUUGCGGAAAAAUCAUACUCGCCUGCAGUCUUCUCAGAUGACAGAAAUGGUUCGCCAAGUGUCAUCAGCCAUGAAGUAUCUGGAAAGUAGAAACUUUAUUCACAGGGAUUUAGCGGCAAGAAACUGUCUCAUAGGAGAUAAUAACAUUGUAAAAGUGGCGGAUUUUGGGUUAGCAAGAUACGUCAUCGAUGAUGAGUACACUGCAUCAGAAGGCACCAAGUUUCCAAUAAAAUGGGCAUCCCCUGAGGUCAUUCUUUACACCAAGUUUAGCAGUAAAUCGGACAUCUGGGCUUUUGGUAUUCUAACGUGGGAAAUCUUCAGUGCGGGAAAGCAGCCUUAUCCUGCCAUCAACAAUCAAGAUGUGGUUCAGAAGGUCGUCAAUGGUUACCGGCUUCAAAAACCCACCAGGUGUCCUGAUGAGAUGUACAGGAUUAUAGAAAGGUGCUGGCACGGGGAGCCAGAGCAGAGACCUACCUUUGCAGCAGUUAACAAAAGCAUUCUGGAUUUUGUGGGUGAAGAUUACGACGAAACCUCUGAAUAAGGCCGUGCUGUGGCCGCAAAAAUGGAUAACGAUGAAUUUAUACGGAAAUUAUUUUAGUAUCUUUAGUCAGGAGAAAUGCAUUUUUGUAGUAAAGUGGCGUUGGAUAUUCUUGACGCAUGGCGAAUUUAAUAC